UUGUUUCACGCUUUUUAGCAGUACUGAAAUUUUACCACGAUCCCUCCAGUGUAGCUGUGACUGAUGGCUCAUGAAGCAAUGGAUUGUGAUCUUCAAGUACCAUUAGAUGGUACUACAGAUCAGGCUCCUUCAACUGAAGUUACUAGCCAAGUGGCACCUCUCCAGCCUGUCCUUGCUGAAGUGGUCAAUAGCCAAGGAGGACAGCCUGAGCCUGCUGAAGUGGGCAGCAGCCAAAGCGGACUGCACUCCCUACAGCCUGUGCCACCAGCAUCCAUUGAGUUGACAGAGGAAAUACAGCUCUCAGAAGAAAAUAUGGAGACUGCCCAUCCAGGAACUUCUGAGGAGCACAGACAGGGAUCUGAUGCUGACCAAACUGUCCGAGCUGCUACGGCUGUUUCAAUGAACAACUUCAUCAAUGGGCUGCAGAGACUUCAUAACAUGCUGGAAUUACUGAGACCUCCACCAGCAGACCAUAGUGUGGGGCCAAUGAGAACAAGGAGAAGAGCAGGAUCUAUUAUGAGGGCAAGAACUGGAGGGUCUCAGAGGCCAAAUGGUGCCAGGUUGAGAACGCCAGUGCAUGCCUACUUUCAGGUAAGCAGGUCUCAGCCUUAUGUACCGGCCACUGCUCCUGCUUCAGAGACUAGGAAUCCAACAUCGGGUACUGAUUCUGACAGUGACAGCUCUGCAGAGAAUGAAGAGGUUGUUGUACAGGCAGAAGAACCUGAAGCUCACAAUCCAGAACAAGGAGUUAGCUCAACCGAACAAGAAGCUACAUCUGUCACAGGCGGUGAUGCAGUCCUUGAAGAGCAGUCUCACCAGAAACCCAGCAUUCUACCUUCUGUGGACAAUGAUGAAGAAGGGGAGACUUGCACAAUAUGUUUGGAACAGUGGACCAGUGCUGGGGACCACCGUCUCUCAGCCUUGCGCUGUGGGCACCUCUUUGGAUAUAGAUGCAUUUCUAAGUGGCUGAAAGGACAAACACGAAAAUGUCCUCAGUGCAACAAGAAAGCCAAGCACAGUGACAUCGUUGUCCUUUAUGCCCGAUCCCUCAGAGCUUUGGACACUAGUGAACAGGAACGCAUAAAAAGUGACUUACUGAAUGAACAAAUGCUCAGGAAGCAGGCUGAGUUAGAAUCUGCACAGUGCCGGCUCCAACUUCAAGUCCUCAUUGAUAAAUGCACGAAACUCAAUAGCCGUGUCCAGGACUUAGAAACCCUUAUUAUGCGGCAUCAGAAUCAAAUUCUACAGAAACACAGUGGCUCCCAAGCACUCUGUGUGAACUGCUUACCCUCCAGCCAGAACCAGCAUAAAUACCACUUCCAAAAGACCUUCUCAAUAUCUCAGACAGGGAACUGCCGAAUCAUGGCAUAUUGUGAUGGUUUGAGCUGCCUAGUGGUAUCACAGCCUUCUCCUCAAUCUUCCUUCCUCCCAGGCUUUGGUGUUAAGAUGUUGAGUACUGCCAACAUGAAAAGCAGUCAGUACAUUCCUAUGCAUAGCAAGCAGAUACGUGGAUUAGCUUUCAGCAGUCGAUCCAAAGGCUUACUGCUCUCUGCUUCCUUUGACAACACUAUUAAACUGACCAGCCUUGAAACAAAUACUGUGGUGCAGACUUAUAAUACUGGACGUCCUGUUUGGAGCUGUUGCUGGUGUCUUGAUGAAAACAAUUACAUCUAUGCCGGACUGGCUAAUGGUUCAGUUCUGAUGUAUGACCUACGAAACACAAAUGCCUAUAUACAGGAGUUAGUGCCUCAGAAAGCCAGAUGUCCUUUGGUAUCCCUGUCAUACUUACCCAGAGCUGCUGUUGCUGCAUUUCCUUAUGGUGGGGUGCUGGCUGGAACCUUGGAGAAUGCCUCCUUCUGGGAGCUAAAAACAGACUGUUCUCAUAAGCCUCAUGUGCUAUCCUUGGAGCCAGGGGGCUUUGUAGACUUUCAGACAGAGAGCAAUACCCGACACUGUCUUGUGACUUACAGGCCUGAUAAAAGCCAUAACACCAUACGAACUGUGCUGUUGGAGAUGUCCUACAAACUAGAUGAUGCUGGAGAGCCAGUCUGUUCCUGUCUUCCUGUGCAAACAUUCCUUGGGGGACCCACUUGUAAACUAUUGACCAAAAAUGCCAUCUUCCAAAGCCCAGAGAAUGAUGGCAAAGUCCUAGUAUGUACUGGGGAUGAAGCAUCAAAGUCUGCCCUGUUGUGGAAUGCUGGCAGUGGCUUGUUGCUGCAGGACCUGAAGACUGACCAACCUGUCUUGGACAUCUGCCCAUUUGAAGCAAAUCAGAACAGCUAUUUGGCCACCUUAACUGAGAAGGCUGUCCAUUUUUAUAAAUGGGAGUGAGCAUGGUCUUGAGGCCUUCCAGAUAUGCUGCUGGUUAAUGUUAGAUAUUGUUUUUAGCACCUAGUAGCCCUGAACAAGAUACCUGUUUAUAUGCUGUAACUAGAACUUUUGGAUCAUGGCUUCAUUUGGACUAGUGUGAUUCUAGGUCAUGGAGACACUAAGAUUGUGUAUUCUAUUUGCACCAAAAGGGGUACCUUUAUGAAUCUUGCCUGGAAAUUCUUUAUUUAAAUUCUGCACUCUUAUAGUCCUCUCAACUAUUAUUUAGGAUAUGAGUAUGCACAGCACUUUGAGGCUGUGAUACCCAACCAGCCUGAAUUGUCUUGGGUAGAAUUUGACUUAUUUCCAAGUUUGAAUGCUCAUAACUUUUAGUGACUUGAUCUCACCCACACCCCUGGGCUGUCUGCCCCCAGUGUCUGGUACAACAUGUGGUGAGUGUUGUGGCAACAAGAGUUACAUUCCAAGUAUAUAUGGUUACUAGAUUGUUGACAAGUCCAGUGAUGGAGGUGGUUGAUGAGCUAGCUAUAUGUAGAGCCAUAGCUAAAGCUUAUGUACAUUAAUGUCAUUGUAUUAUGAGAGGUAAAGAAAAGGAUCAGUUGUUUGAGCAAUUGUGAAAGGCCUAGAAUUUUCUAGUUAGUGUAAAAUCCUCAGGGGUUUUUAUUCUCUACCAAGCCAGUGCUUGAACAUGUACAAUUCCCAGAUAAAGACUCCCUUCCCCAUGUGAAAUGUUUGAUUCUAAAGUUUCUUUAAUUUGCCUCUCAAUUUUUUCUAAAAGUGUGGUUAUUCUCAGGAAGGCAGUAGUGGUUAGACCUGUGGAUGACAGAAAGGAAGACACUUAGAAACUUCUAUUCUGGUGGUCCUGAACUGUCCAGCAGUUAGAAUUAUGUUCAGGUUUCAUUUGUCUACUUUGCCUUAGGCUGCCCUUGUCUUAACGUAUAGACAACAUGAUUGCCUCAAAAAUUUAUUGGUGAGGCACUAUCCUUUUUAGUAAAAGUACUGUUCUAUCUAUCAAACUCCUGAUCUGUUUGGGGAGUCUUUAUUACCAGCAAGGAAUUAAGGUUAAUUUUCCCAGGGUUCUAAGUUGUAGCUGUACAUGUUUAAUGAAACCUAUUUGAAGAUACUUUUUUUGUUUGUUUGUUUGGUUGGUUGGUUUGUUUUUAAAUUUAAAACUUUAAAAACAUCAGGUUCCACAUCUUGGAGAAAAAGCUCCCUUCCCUCCCCCACUUUUAAAAGUAUCUGCCUAGGCCUGGAGCUUCAAGACAGACUAGGAUUUAAAUUAAAUAGAAUUCAAGUAACUUGAGCAGAUGGCCACAGAGAGAAAGCUCUGGGUGUCAGGUUGGUCUGGGGUAGGGUUAGGAUUUGAUUGGCAUUGAAGAAUGUUUAACUAAGGCCUACUGGGGAGAUUUACUCCUGAAGAAGCUAAGUUAAAUAAAUACCAAGCCUUGCCACUUCUUGCAUUUCCACAGUAAAUUUGGAUUGGGAUAGGAGGGUGCUCAGGACCUCACACUUGUUUUGUUGCUUGACCACUGAGCUCUAUCAGAAACCCAAAUCGUGUUUUGGAAGCAGAUUCACAUGAUGAACUGAUUCUCUAAAGAAAGCUUUACCCUACCCCCACCCUUACUUGCAAGAAACAUCAUCUCUAGACCCAGACUCUAAUCUUAUCACCAAGAUAUUUGUUUUAAAAUCUUGUCAUAAUGCAUUGGGAUUUUUGAAUAUUUGCUGUGUUUCAGUGUUUGUUGUAAUGUUAGCAAAAUAAAGGGUUUGUCAUGUAUAACACCAA